AUGAGAGUUUCACUGGCGCUCUUUGUGCUAGCGUUUUGUUUACAAGCUGAUUCUGCAAUUGGUCGUUGGAGAAGAUUCAAAGAAGGGAAUUUCAUCAUCGGAGGGCUUUUUCCCAUAACCGAAGGGCCGGAGUGCAACAAAAUGCGGAGCGAAGGAUUACUGCUCGCUGAGGCGUUUUUUUACACAAUAAACAAUGAUUCGGUUUAUAGCGAUGCAGUUCUUGGAUAUGAUAUCAGAGACAGUUGUUCGAGCCCUGAGGUGUCUGUGAAAGAGGUUCUAGAUAUUUUGAGACAUGAAAAUGAUGGAACAUUAUCUGAAAACUGCUCAUUGAAGAACGCACGCAAACAAUGUGGAGUGCUUGCGUUUGUGGGGCCAGAUUUGUCUAGCAACGCUGUCGUUACAAGUGUCAUAUUGAGCGCUUAUGGGGUACCUCAGGUAAGAAAACUUUCCAUUUUUAUCGUACGUGACAUUUUCCUUUUAUUUGUAGAGGAGAAUUAUUUCAAUUUAUUCCUGUCCAUUUAAAUUGCAAAUUUUAACUUGCCCCUGACUAGAUUCUAUAGUGACGUUCUUCGUUUUAAAAAAAGCGAACUGUAACAUGAACUUUGAUUCGAAACUUUAUUAUAGGUCUUAUUCGGUUAGCGUUCAAAGCCCGAAUCCCGAAUCCCGAAUCACUCAUUCUUAGCCUGUGGGAGCAUAUGUGCAGAUCGAUCUUAGAGGCACGUUUUCAUUUGUCAAUAAAUUUAAAUUGUAUAGAAAUAUCUUUAGACAAUGAUCACUUCUCUGCAAGAAAAAAAAAGAAGAAAAUUGCUCCGCGUAAUGUGGUCUUUCGCUCGAGGGCAAAGUGUGCAAACCUCAGAAUGGUUUUGCAAUUCUAAACAUUGUUCAAAACUGGUGCCUAAAUUUGAGCUCGUCUGACAAAAACCAAGAGAAAAAGAAAAAAAAAACGGAAAGUUUGUUGUUUUUAGUCUUCGAAUGUAUGACAUUUACGAAAAAGCCUUCCUGUGUAUAUUUCAGAUUAUCUUAGGAUCCGUUUUUAAUGUAAUAUUUGUCUUCAUCUUGUGGUAGUUUUUACAGAUAGUGUUUUGAGGAUGUAGAUUUAAUAGAUAUUUUUUUUCUUGAUAUUUUAUAUUAAUUCGCAUAAUAAAGUCACAUUCAUGUGUUGUUUUAGAUAUUUCUGAUCAAGCACCUUCCGCGUAAUCUCAAAAUGAUUUCGCAAUCCACUUGUUAACUUUUUUUUUUAUUUAGUAGAUUUGGAAGUUGUAAUGGAAAACUCGUUUAAUUUUUCUCUCGAAUGAAAACGUCUUACUUUCUCACCUGCGGAAAUAGUGGCAACGAAAAAUACAUUCUAUGUUUAUAAGAUCGGAGACGACUUUGUUUUCGCGCUGCAAACGUAUCUCCAGUAUUCGUAGAUGAGAAGAAUUAUGACAUUUUUUGGAAAUAUUUUGGUUCCAAGUGAAGCCGGAUGCAUUAAUUUAGCGAUUAUUUGUACUAAAUUGAUCUUAUCGCUUUACUCCUAUUAACAUGUUUUACUAUCGCGAAAAUAUAUAGCCAAUUAAUGCCACCGCGUUCUUUUAUCAUGACACAGUUUUCCUUGACACAGAUUUGAAUAUUGUGCCGAAAAUCUCUUUAUUCAAACAUUUGCUUGUCCGCCUUCUGCGGAAUUCACAAAGAAACUGACAGCUAGUCUUGAUAAACAGACACAAUUUCCCCGUGUUUGAUAAAUUACCGGGUAUCGUGUCGACAUUUUCCAAAAGAUUACGAAAUUUUUUUCUUAUCGGGAUGUGCUGUCCACAUUGUCUGUUAACAAGAAAAUCAAUGGUGACACGCUUUUUCCGUUCUGAGUUCAUUAACCGCUUCCCAAAACGAUCCUAAAGUGUAGGAUGUGAAACGUUUCCCGUGGAGACGCCGUGCUGCCGUUAUUCUUCUUAUUUAUUUCUUUUUUUGUCUUGGUCAUGAAUAGAAUAUAGUUACAUAUUCUUCGAGAAUAAAAUUCCAUCUUCGAGAAAUCGUGAUCGUGAUCGUGGUCGUGAUGACGCGAAGACUUCAUCUUUGUGGUCGUUUCGCGCCUUUUCAGAAACUUUGUGCGUCACUUUUGAUUAAAAAUGUUAAUUUUGUUUGAUGUUCCUUUUGUUUGAAUCCACUUUAAUCCUCAGAUUUUAAAUGCACUCUUCGCUGCUGUUAAAUGGUGUUCAAAUAGUUGACAAUUUGCAUCUUUUUGAGAGCAGCAGGGAGACCUCUUCAAAGCAGUUAUUGUGACGUGCGAAUGGAUGGGAUUGUUUUUUACCGGGGCUUAUCUAAGAUAUUCCUAUUUCUACAGCGAGAAAUGAUUGCUUUACUUUCCAUUCGGAAAAAAAAGUGUAAAAAGGUGGAUGGAGAAAGUUUUAGCAUAUCAGCAAUUUUCUCUAAAUGCACUGGGUUAUUUUAAAUUGCCACCAGAUUUUGAAUAGCACUGCAGAUGAAAACAAAAACAUCAUUUGGAAAUUUUUUAAGUGCUCUUAAGGGUUAUGCGAUCUCCCCUGUCGAGUUGGAAUGCAUGAUUUAGCCUUUGGUCUUUCCUUGUCGUAGAUUAAAGCAUUGCAAUAUCUUUUUUCGAGUGGGGGGGUGGGAAAUAGUUGUACUAUACCAAGUGCACAAAGCUGCGUUCGAGAAGUUUUUUAGCUGAUAUUUGAGUGGGUUUUAUCCUUUGAAGAAAUAAUAGAUCGGGGACCCAUUUACGGUGAAUGAACGGGUACUUCAAACGGAUUCACUGUAAAAAGAAAAUCUUUUAUCACCUCUUAUGCAAAAUGAAGUCGCUUUAACACACUUUUUUUUUCAAGCGGUUAAAAAUAACUUUCAUCCUGGGUAAAUGUUAGAAUGCUCUGUUCAAAAGCGAUAAAAAUUUUACAAUAACGACAUCAGUGCUCCAGUAAAAUGUUUUUUUGACUUUCUAUUUCUCGACCAAGAAUUGAGGAUGUUAUGUAAUAUUUAAGGGUUCCAACUCUCUUUGGGGAGCAUAGACUUCUUAUCUGUUUCAUGAUCAUGUUAAACAUAUAACCGCCACCGUUCCUUAACUGUUACACAUUGUGAAGCAGUCAGGAUUAAGGUUUUGCACUAAUACCUAGUGUGUCUCUGAGAAAAGAUUUUAAGUGCUCCAUCGACGAACUUUAGGGUCAAAUCAGUCGAUAUUUACAGAAAGAGCUCUGCGUAGUAUUUAACUCUCAAUCGAAACGUUGUGUAUUUCUUAAUUUUGCAAUUUCGCUGUUUAUAUAUUUUUAUUUUUUUUUUACGACUUUUCUCUUUUUAUAUCAACUCGAAAACCUAGAAUUCUAUGUAAACACCGUUCAGUUUUUGAAGCGAGGGUUUCCUUACGCAAUAGGCUAAUUACAGCACAUUAGUGAGAACAAUACAAUAUUUAUUGAACACGGAGGCGAGUUCCCUUCAACUGUCUGAAUUUGUGGCGCCAUAGAAUCCGGUCGCUUGGUUUUUAUCUCUCUUUUGGAACUUCCACCGACAUUUUUUGGUCGUCUUUGGUCUGUUUGUUCCUCUUUUAAGUGAAACCAGAUCACGUAGGAAGUGCUAAGGCUUGCACGUUAAAGCCUGAAGAUAGGGGAGAGAGGUGGGGGGGGGGGAGUCCCCAAUAUAAGACGUGUAGGGUCUGGUCUCGCGUGUGUUUUUUUCAACGAGGAAACCACUAAAGCGUAUAAUCGUAUUUGGUUUUUUAAUUCCGAAUGGAUGGAAGAGAGACAGAUGUAACCAAAAUGUAUCACUCGAGCUGAAUUUUUGAGUGAUUUCCACCAAUUCUUGGCUUGAACAGGUUAAAGGCAGUAAUAUAAUUUUAAAGCUAGAUCUGAAAAGGUAUUAUAUAUUUGGGCAGAGAUGAGGUCAGCCGGAAUUUUAAGAAACCGGCGGCACACCCCUGUAAAGAAUCCUUGAGAAGUCUCCACCCUCCAACCCCUCUUCGCCCCACUCACAGUGUUUUUUUAGACAACUGGAAUUUCUCAGCUUUGUCGGAAGAUUACUCGGGUUGAGUGAAAAGAAAAACCGAUCAGAAAUGAUUAAGAUCUGUUUAUUAAUCGCUUGCCUUUUUCUUUCAAGAUUAUUCAAAUUCAUUUGUACAGUUCAUCAAAACGCUUCAUUAUAGUGUUCCUAUUAUGGCUAAAAAAGCUAUCAAAACACAUGUCGUUUUAUUACGGAAACUAGUUAUCAGAGGCCUCCAGAAAGAAUGGAUCGGAUGUUUUAAAAGUAAUUUCUUGUACGUUCUUGUAUAUUUUAAUGGCCUCUUUCAGCGAGAUUUGGAGGGUUCAUCAAAAUUUUAUAAACAUGAGAACGUGUAUUACGCUUCAUUUUCGACCAAACUUUCGUAGAAUUCACCUAUAUAAACGAGCACUUUUAAAAAACUUGCCGGUUUGAUGCAAACACCCUUAAAAUUAAGAAAAGAAGGCCGGAAGGAGUUACUUCUAGUCCUCCAAACAAGCUUUGUUUUUGUAAAAUGUUUACUUAAAUUCAUGUGAUUUUUGUACCAUGAAUUCCUGAUAAUUCUAAAGUCGGAGAGCAAUUCGCGAAAUGAGCAAGACCCUUACGGCCCGCAAAGAUCUGACACAAGUCUUUUUUGAAACUUCAAGACUACUCUAGAGUGAACGAAAAAUAAAUCAGGUUUUUUUUUUUGUUUUUGUAUUUGCUUUCAAAUGUUUUGUAUAAAUUCCCUAAGAAACUUCAAUGAUCCAAUUUUUAGCAGAAGAAAGGAUUUUUACUAAACGAAUGACUAAGUCAAAGGGGCUGUGUUAAUUUUGGCCAUGUGGAUGGCUGUGUUUGCAUCGACCCAUUUUAUUUUUCCUAAGUAAAUCGCUUCUUGAAUUUUAUAUUUCAUGAACUAGCCAUAUAGGGUGUGUGCUUGCCCGAAAGGGCUUAGUUUUGGCCAGUUUUUGUCUGAGAACGGGUAAAUGCAUAGAUCAUCGUGGCUUCGAAACGGUACAGUCUCCAAGAGUGUGUCUAAACAUCUUUAUCUUCGGAAAUCCAAAUGAAUCAGAGAGAGACAAAAUAAAAAUAUAUUAUUCAAACUGAAUUUUUGGGUGGUCAUGACCAAUUCGUGGCUUGAGCAGGUGAAAAAAGGCGACGGAUUUUAGAGACGAGUUCUGAAAACGGGUGUGGAAAAUAAGAUGUUCAAGAGGGGUUAAGAUUUUGAGAAAUGGGUGGCAACUAUUGCCAAAAAUUCCAAAGAGAACCCAUUCCACUCUCCUCCACCCAAACAGGUUUCACAGACGUCUAGCGGCUUUCCUUUGGCUAUAGAUUUGUCUAGUUAAGAAAUUAUUAAGGGUUCUUCAUAAAUCAUAAACUUUUUUUUAAAAUUUUUUUGUUUCAUUUUAACAUCAAAUUAAUUUAGUAGUACAGCUCAUCAUAAUGAUUCAUUACAGUGUUUCUAUUAUGGCUACAAAGCUUUCAAAUCAAUAUUCUUGCUUUGUUACGGUAAAAAGUCAUCAGAAGCUUCUAGAAAAAGUCGAUCGGAUGUUAUAAACAUCAAUUCAUUUUCUUGUCUUUUCUCGUCUUUUCUCGUCUUUUAGUGAGAAUUCAAAACCCAAUGAACGUUUGAGAGUUCAUUACUUAUACUGAACACUAAUGAAAUAAAAACUUGCCGGUUUGUUUCGAAAUUUCUGGAAAGCCAAAAAAUAAAAGGCUUGAAAUAAUUACUUUCAAUCCUCAAAGGAGACAUUGUUUUCAGAACAUGCUCACCUAGUUUCAUUUCCUUUGUCUACCAUGAAAUCCAGAAAUUCGCUAUUGUUUUCAGUCAUCAUAGCGCUGGACGAAAAACUUAAAGCUACAGAGCUGAAAAUUGACAUGCUCGUUUGAUGUGGUUGGUAAUUUUUUUGUCAGCCAACUAUUUCCAUGUAGGAUUUUGCAAAGUGACUAAUGAGGCUCGAAGUUUCAGUCGAUAAGUUUAUGAUAUGUUCGAUAUGAUACCAGGCUAUGUUCGGGAAACAAACCAGACAAGCUCCGCGGAAUUCGAGCGUUAGUUUAUUAAAACAUGAAAAGUAUUUGAAAGUGAUCGCAUGGUAAAUUAUCAUUAUUUUUUAUUAUUGUUGUAUUUGCUUGGAGAAUUUUCUAAGAAGUUCUUAAGCUAGCUUUUUUUUAUUCUUCAAAAAAAAAAAUUUAAUGAACAAUUUUGUUUUAAACUUUCCUCAGAUGUUCCUUUCUAAUGUCUGUUUCGAAAAAUACUACAAAAAGGAUGCUGUGGAGAAUUAUUCACACACUAGAAUCUAAAUCAAAGGGAGGGGGGGGCAGGGGCGAGAUGAUAGUUCUGUGUUUUGAGCGCCUUUGAAAAAGAAGCCAAUCACGAUACGAGAAAACCGACGACCAAAACUUCCCAAUUUGCACUUCGACCUUAUUCCCAUCAAAACUAAGUGGGGGUGAGGUCAUGUCUAGUUUAGAGGAAGGGUGUUACCUACAGCAUGACUAGAAUCCAAAGAGAAACUGAACCGAAAAUUUUCUUUAAAUGUUCCAAGAAAUUGACUACAGAAGCCGCUGUUUUGAACUUUGUAACCUAGUUGUAAUCACGUUGAGCAUUCCAGAAAUUAUUGAAAAAAUUGCUGCUCUAUACAGUACAGAACAUUAUCUGCUGAGUUAAGAAUACCAUUUUGUGUCGCAUAUAAUUGUUCAAAAUGAUGGCUGGGAAUUUGAAAUGAGAAUCAAAAGUGUGUUAUGUCAUAGGUGAGUGGCCAGAUUGUUCGGCAAUAUUAAAAAUGGCGGCUUCUGUUGUCGACUUUUUUUACAUUUGAAGACUAUUCUCAACAGAUUAGUUUAAUCUUUGGAUGUUCAAUACGCAGUUUGAAGUAAUUUAAUAAUAAUAAUAAUAAUAAUAAUAAUUUAUUUACUUAUAAAUUUGUUUGUUUACUUUUGAAUGACGGAGACAAAAUUUACGUAGUUCCUGAAGCGAUCAUCCACAGGGAUUAAAGCUUGCAGAUUUAUUUAUGCUAGAGUUGAAGUUUGGUCGUACUUCUUACUUUACUUAAUCACUGAGCUCAAAAUAAAUAGAUUUUAAAAGAGACAUUUACACACUAUUGAAAGUGUAGAUUGACUUGUUUUACUGUUGUUAUUAUUAUAUUCGCAGAUCAGUUACGGAGUUUCCAGCUCACUUCUCAAUGACAGGUCAAUCUUCAGAACGCUUUUCCGCACGUCUUUUUCUGAUAAACAAGUUGCGGCGGUGUUGACGAGUCUUAUAACUUCUUUCGGAUGGUCUUGUAUAAAUAUCAUAAGUUCGAAAGAACGUUUUCACCGUGGAAUAAUGGGAAACCUAAAACGGGACCUUAAAAAACGCGACAUCUGCAUUGCCUUACAUGAAGCCGUCGGUAGUGGUGAAAUUUCGAGUAUUGUAAAGGCAAUCAAAGUUCGUAGGAGUGUUUUCGUAAACGUUGUUUUAGGAAGCGAGGAUUUUAUUUCCAAGAUUUUCACCGAAGCACGGAGAAAAAAUUUGACAAAAAGAGUGUGGAUUAGAGCUGACAUGUCAAACGAGCGAUCCCGAUUGGUUGAAAGCUACGGUGACGUCAUGGACGGAAUGCUGACCGUGUCUGUGCCCAAAGAAGACUUGGGCGAGUUUAAAAAUGUCGUCAGCAUAUUGGCGAAAAACGUUUCAGAAAUGUAUUGCACUUGGAUUGAAAAAGACAGCCGCUGGUCCGCUGUCUGUGGAAAUCGUAGCAGUGAGCAAUCGGUCGGCUUGCAGGGUGUGUCAUUGGACAAAACUGCUUACGUCAUGAAUGCAGUUCUUGCAGUCACGCAGACAGUGAAGAAAGUUACCCAGUGUACUAGGAAUAGUGGGCAAAGCAGUUUUAACUGCUUGAGGGGGAAUUUUACGCUGCAUUAUGCGCGGGAACUUGUUUUGAAGAACUUAGAGAAGAUUACUUUUAGAAAUAGUCAAAAUACUAAUAUAUCCUUCACCUCUAACCGAGAAUUGAAUAAAGAAUUUGAUAUCAUGAACGUGCAUGCCAUCUGCAAUAAAACCAUAGCGACUACCCUAGUAGGAAAAUGGACCAGAGAGCAGAGACUGGUAAUAAAUGAGACUGACAUUCAAUGGCCUGGUAAAGGAUACAGAGUCCCUUAUUCUGGAUGCCGGGAGCGCUGCCCCCUGGGUACCUAUACCAAAUAUGGUUGGGAUACAUGCUGGUGGAACUGUCAUAAGUGUCCUAAGGGGACCUUUAAUGAUAACCACACCGCGACCCUUUGUAAAGUUUGCCCGAAGCACCAAAUGCCAAAUGAGCUUCAGACUGGUUGUGUAGACAAACCUCUCGCAGUGUUAGUCUUCGGAGAAAUGCUAACAGUUACUCUACUCUCCGCGUGUGGACUGGGAGAGAUUCUUACAUUGCUCGUGUUGGGUGUUCUGGUGAGAUAUCAGGACACCCCUGUUGUCAAGGCAACGAAUUUAACUUUUACGGUCUUGUCCUUGUUGGUGCUUGCUGUUUGGUUCCUGAAUCCGGUUCUCUACAUCGGUAAGCCAUCUGACAUUGUUUGCAAAUUGAGAACCGUGUCGUUCGCAGUUUUGUACACCACUAUCACUGCGGUUUUAUUGACCAAGACGAACCGUUUGAUUAAGAUUUUUUCUGCUCUCAAGCAGCAUUGUUUCCUCAGCAACUGCUGGUACGGUUUCUUGACAUGCGCACUGAUUCUUGUGCAGAUUGGUUUGAGCGUGUUCCACCUUCUGGUUUUCCCGCCAAGAGUGACUUAUGAUUACAGCGUCGCGGGCGCUUUGUUUAUGUCAUGUGAGCACAAUUUGGCCGUUGAUUUGGCUUCGUUAGGUUAUGACUCAUUUCUCGCGAUGAUAUGCUCGUAUCUUGCUUACAAAUCGCGUAAUCUGCCGAGAGCUUAUAACGAAUUUAAAUGGAUAUGUCUCAGCAUGUUUACAAACUUUUUAUCGUGGACUGCUAUUUUAAUUUGCCAUCACACGUCGUUUCAUGGAAGGGAGAGCUACAUCUGCGCAAUAAUGGCGCUAAUUUUGGGAGCAUAUUCAAUGCUUUUCCUUCUGUUUCUUCCAAAAGUUCGUGUAAUUUUUUUCCGGCCGGAAAAGAACACAAAGCAGGCAGCGAUAGAAAGCACAAGGCGUUACUCAAUUGACCAAGCUUCUGGGAUUGAUCUGUCGCCGAUUCAGGGAAUGACUCUGAGACGGAACACAUCGCCAGCGUGUCUAGCGUUUCAGUUUAUGAAUGGAUCUAUGAACAAGCUACCAGUUGUGAAGCAAAACUUGGGACCGAGGCGCUCUCAAGGGUCAAUUAUUGCGACCAUAAAAGAGUUGCCCGAGGAGAGAAAAUCAAGCGUCUAA